CUGAACUCUAAUUCUCAUCUCAAGCACUCCAUCUACCUUCAACUUGCAACAGUUGCACCAAAUGGCAGGCCAUCGAAUCGCACCGUCGUCUUCAGAGGCUUUGCAGAUAAUAGUGAUAAGAUACAAAUCAACACUGAUUCCAGAUCUCGGAAGAUCGAAGAUAUAAAGUACUGCCCAUUUGCGGAGGUACCUAAGAUCAUAAAUUUUCUUUCAGAGAUGUUUGUCCCAGACCAGAUCGGACCGGACCAGAUCAGACCAGACUUCCGUAGUUAUAAAAUACACAGAGACUAGACGUUUACCAGACUAGUUCAGACCAGACCAGACCAGCAAAUUUCAGUCCAAAAGAAAACAUCCCAAGACUGGAGAGGAAUUUAUUUAGACAAUUGAUCGAACUACCUUAUCUCUAAUUGUAAACCAGCAUGGUAGUAAUUUGCUUAUCUGGAAACAUUCUUCUAUACAUUAUUUACACUGCUUUUGGUUGCAAUAAACAAUGUGCUAAGCUGUGAUGUUUCAGAUAUGCUGGUAUUUUACUGAUUCAUGGGAGCAAUAUCGAAUAAAUGGAAGAAUUCACAUCAUUGAUUCAACAAACCCCAAUCCAGUUAAGCUUCAGCAAAGAGAGAGAGCAUGGUUUGAUAGCUCAAUUAGAUCAAGACUUCAGUAUUUGGGGCCCUCCCCUGCUGCAAUUCCUUCUUUGAAGGAUACAUCAUUUCAGGAGCCUUCAUUGGAUCCUUUGGCUGGUCCGGUAGAUGCAUUUUGCCUUCUAGUUUUGGAUCCCGAGCAGGUUGAUUUCUUGAAUUUGAGGAGUAACAAAAGGAUCACAUUUGCCUCCAGAUGCAGCAGCAUCAAUGGAGAGAAAAUUUGGACGUCUACUGAGAUCAACCCGUGAUUUCUAUGUGAUUGAAAUCUUACCAAUUUGAAAAUUUGGACAUGGACCGUUCAAUGUUGAACGCAAGCAUUAUACGUCACCAUUAUAAUGGACACAAUCAAUCUCUUUAUAGUUAGCCGUCAGUAAUGUGGAUGGAGGUGUAUUAUAAACUGAAUUCAGUAGUCCGUUGUAUUUUUGUGUUUGAAAUGCUUUCAUAUAUUGAAUUGGAACUCUUCAACAGAAUAAAUGUUUGUAUUUUCGUUUCAGUCCCCCAAUGAAUCUAAGUAGUUGGGUUCGACAACAUAACAAGGAUUAUUAAUCAAUUUUCUGUAUCUUUUUAUAUGGUUUAUCUUGUCAUUUCAAAAAUAAAAA